AGCCCCGCCCCUUUCCCCUGAGGUAAUCCGGCGCCCGCCCUCUCAGCAGAGUUUAUCCCGCCCUUGAAGUGACGCCAGGGCGCCGGCGUGCGCCUGACGUCAGAUCCCGGGUGAGGCGGGCGGGGCCGGUUUGAACGAAAAUGGCAGUUAAUGUGUAUUCCACCUCGGUGACAAGCGAUAACUUGAGUCGACAUGACAUGCUCGCCUGGAUCAAUGAGUCCCUCCAGUUGAAUCUGACAAAGAUAGAGCAGCUCUGUUCGGGUGCUGCGUAUUGUCAAUUCAUGGAUAUGCUCUUCCCUGGUUCUGUAGCACUGAAGAAAGUGAAAUUCCAGGCAAAGCUGGAACACGAAUACAUUCAAAACUACAAGGUCCUACAAGCAGGUUUUAAGCGAAUGGGUGUUGAUAAAAUAAUCCCCGUGGACAAACUAGUAAAAGGAAAAUUCCAGGACAAUUUUGAAUUUGUUCAGUGGUUUAAAAAAUUCUUUGAUGCAAACUACGACGGGAAGGACUACGACCCUGUGGCGGCUCGGCAAGGCCAGGAAACCGUAGUGGCGCCCCCUCUUGUGACACCGGUGCUGAACAAACCCAAGAAGAACCUGGGUUCUGGUGGCACAGCUCCAACGCGACCCUUAGUUGCCCAGAGGACAACAGUGGCUAACAAAACCGGCCCUGGGAUGGUUAAGAAGGCCCCAGGAGGCAUCGGGGAGGAGGAAUCUGCUGAAAUGAUCCAACAGAUCAAUGCAUUAAAAAUGACCGUUGAAGACUUGGAGAAGGAAAGGGACUUCUACUUUGGAAAACUGAGGAACAUCGAGCUGAUUUGCCAGGAGAACGAAGGGGAAAGUGACCCCGUGCUGCAGAGGAUUGUGGAGAUACUUUAUGCUACAGAUGAAGGCUUUGUGAUACCAGACGAAGGAGUGCCGCCAGAAGAGCAAGAAGAGUAUUAACAGACCACCGAGGGUACCAGCAGAGCAGCAGCGGAAUUCAGAAAUCGGAAUUCUUUGCCCCAAUCAUGUGCUUAUCUGUAAACUACUCCAUUUUAUUCUUAGGACUCACUGGUUUCUUUUCAUAAGUAAAAAAAAAAAAGUACCUCUUUCAAGUGCACUUUGCGUAAGUUCUAGUACUUUUCCCCCUUCCAUUGGGUUUAAUUUUGAGAGCUCUUUUCUCACUUCUGUAAGCUGAGCAGUAUUAACAUCGAGUGGGUGUAAUUUGGAAGCAAGAGGCUGAAUAUUUGGAGUUGGCGGAGUGACUCGGUUGCUGGCGAGAAGGCUGGCUUGCGGAGGGUUUGCUGUACUGUGUUGUGAUUUGACGGGGGAGUUGCCUAGCGAAGUGAUUUUCAGGACUGGUUUUUGUUUUUUACGGGAAGGUGAAGCAAAGAGGAAACUGCAGAAAACAAUGAGAAACGAUGCCUUAAGGGGGCUUAAAAUGUGCUUCCAGAUGCCAAAUUCUGUGAUGGGAGGUUUGAGGUGCUCUCCAGUGGGGCUAGAGGGCACGGGGCUUUCUUGUUUUGGAAGGAGUCGCCUAGUCUCUAGCGUGAGGGACGAAGAAGCCAUGAAAACGGGCCCGCCCCCUGUCACUGGCUUUCACAGGGACAAACCCACCCCUCAAGGCUACAGUGGGCAUGAUUGGACUCCCAAAGGUCUCCCCGUUCUGCUUUUCUGGACCUGUGGGCCAUGAAUCUGCCAGGCGUGCCCACUCUUUCUUCCAAAGCAACAAGGCUGAAGUUUUGAAACUCUGCCUGAUUCACCGCUUACAUCUCUGCUGCCCGUGUUCCCUUCCUGCUUUGUGUCUCUGGCUCAACGGAUCUUCUGUCCCCCUCUGCUCCCCCCCUCCCCUCCAGAUUUGCCGACAAAACCCUAACAGGGCGAAUGGUUGGUUUGCAGCGCCGCACGGAGGCCAGAUGUGAUCUGCCACCUGUGUCCUCCUUGCGCGUGUCCACGUUGAGUUUAGUUGUCCACAUGUAGCGUUCUCCAGGACUCCAGAUAGGUACCGGGGGACGGGGAAAGAAUUAGUGUGUCCUAAAUAGGAACGGCAACGUUGCAGACAAUACACAGUGCUCGGAUGAAUUUAACAUGAACAGUAUUUUCUACUGGACCCUGUCCCUCUUGUGUGUGGCCAGCCACCUCCCCCCCCCCCCCGAUUGCUGCUCUUUGGGAAGGGUCUCUUUGAGGGGUCUCCGGCCGCGAGCUACAAGAUUAAGCCUAACUGGAGUUUGGUGUGUUUGUUCUCGUUACGCUUUUACACUUCUGGUGGUCGUGUUCUCUAUGUGUGUAGAAAGCAGAGAGGUUUUUUUUCCCCCCCGGUGACUGUUUUGUAGUGCAUGAACCCCAAGGGAAGUUCAGAGGAAGAACGAAACGAAUGCCAAAAAGACGCAAGCCAUUAAUUUCAAAACAUCGGAGGUGCUAUUUCUCUUGUGGCCUUCUAGAUACUCUAUUCCACUCACUCCUCUUGACAGGGUUUUUUCUACUUUUAAACAGUUUCUAAAUAAAAGUUCUGUUUCAAGA